GAGAUUACGGCUUCAGAGCAGCAGCAACACCGACAAUGACGCGUGUGGAAGACGGUGGAAAAAUGAGCUCUCCUCCGUGAAAAAACAGACGCACGGGGGGAGUCACACAACAUUUCACUUCACCGACUCGAGCUUUUUUUUUUUUUUUUUACACCCGCGUCGCUCCGGCGUGACUGUGAAUGAAACGGACCAGCAGGAAAAAAACAUUUCGCAACCUAUUUUGCAUGCAGCCUACAGGGCGCAUGAAGAGUCUGGGAUAUAUUUUUCCACCCUGCUCAGUUCUUCCAACGACCCUGCAAUGUGUACACGCUUUGUUUUUUAUCUAAAGGAAAUGUUUGUAUUUUUUUCCCUUUCUGACUGAGGAGGGCAUCCUGCGCUUGUUUUAAGCAAUCUCCUAAAAUUUUUUCCCCCUUAGAAGAUGUUUUGAGCGCCAAGGGGGCUGGUGUCGUCUUCACUGCGCAGACAAGCGGCGGACUGCGCGUCUCUCUCUCUCUCCUCCACAACAACACAACAGACAAGAGACAGGAGGAAGAGGAGGGAGGGAAGGAAAGGAAGGGAAGGGAAGGUGAAAAGGAAAAAAAAAUAAAGGUUUGAUCUGUGGUUGGAAAACCUGGAAAUAUACGGCGUUAAAAUGACGAUGUCCGUCCCGGAGAGGAAAUCAGGAUCCGAGGGGAAGGAGGAGGAGAGCGAGGAUGAGAGUGAAAUCCUGGAGGAGAGCCCCUGCGGCCGCUGGCAGAAGCGAAAAGAGCAGGUGAGCCAAGGUAAUGUCCCAGGUGUGGAAAGUGCAUCUCUGGCCAUGGACACAGAGGAGGGCGUGGAGGUGGUUUGGAACGAAGUGCUCUUCUCUGACAAGAAGGUCUUCAAAGCACAGGAGGAUAAGAUCAAGGAGAUGUUUGAGAACCUGAUGCAGGUUGAACACCCCAACAUUGUCAAGUUCCACAAAUACUGGCUGGACAUGAAGGAGACUCAUGCUCGUGUUAUAUUCAUCACAGAAUACAUGUCAUCGGGCAGUCUCAAGCAGUUUCUGAAGAAAACCAAGAAGAACCACAAGACUAUGAAUGUGAAGGCCUGGAAGAGGUGGUGCACCCAGAUUCUCUCUGCCCUCAGUUAUCUGCACUCUUGUGACCCACCAAUAAUCCAUGGCAACCUGACGUGCGACACCAUCUUCAUUCAGCACAACGGCCUCAUCAAGAUCGGCUCAGUGUGGCAUCGGCUAUUUGUUAAUGUGUUCCCAGAUGCCAGUGGUAAAGGGAGGCAACAUCGCGAUGAGCAGAGGAAUCUUCAUUUUUUUGCUCCAGAAUAUGGUGCUGGCGAAGAUGAUUAUUCCAUAGACAUUUUCUCCUUUGGCAUCUGUGCUCUAGAGAUGGCAGUACUGGAGAUCCAGGCCAAUGGAGAUACUGCUGUGUCCAAGGAGGCCAUCGUCAAUGCAGGUCAAUCUCUGGAAGACCCUCUCAUGAGAGAGUUCACCCAGUCUUGUUUGCGUCACGAAGCCAAGCACCGUCCUACCGCUCAUGACCUUCUGUUCCACCGAGUCCUUUUCGAGGUCCACUCCCUCAAACUGCUGGCCGCCCACUGCCUCAUCAACAACCAGUACUUACUUCCAGAGAACUGUGUAGAGGAGAAAACCAAGUCCUUUGACCCAAAUGCUGUCAUGGCAGAGAUUAAACAUGAAGACAGACAAGGAGUUCAGCUAAAAUAUUCCCAUGUGUCCCCUUUGGAACUUGACAAGUUUCUGGAGGAUGUAAAGAAUGGGAUUUACCCCUUGAUGAACUUUGCCUCAUCUCGGCCUCACCCCGUCCCUCGCGCCCUCUCCUUGUCUCAGGAGCAGGUUGAGACAGUCAAGACGCCAACUCCUGAACCCCAGGAGACGGAGACGAGGAAGGUUAUUCAGAUGCACUGUAAUUUGGAGUCAAAUGAAGAAGGAACCAAAACCCAUCUGUCUUUAUUUCUGAAGAUGGAUGAUAAACUUCAUCGGCAGCUUAGCUGUGACAUCCUUCCAACUGACACCUCCAAAGACCUUGCCAGUGAACUUGUUCACUAUGCCUUCAUAAAUGAGGAGGACAGUGAGAAGGUUGCGGGGUUUUUGGAGGACGCCAUCAGUCGACACCGGGUCCGAGCGCUCGUCUCUGGGAGCACACAGUGAGGAGGGAUCAUGACAGCGGCUGGCCCUGACUGAGGGGCCAGGGGCGUUGACCACACAGAUCGAGAAAGGGAGAGGGCAACAGGCAGGAUCACACAGCCGGGAACGGAGGGAGCAGAGGGAGUAGAGGGAGCUGACCCAGCUGGGGAUAAAAGGGGGACAAAUACAGGAGGACGCUGGGCCUUGACAGCCAGUAAAUCAUCCCAGAGAGAUGGAGGAAACGCCAGCAAUGAAAAAGGAACUGAAGGCACCUCUGGUUGGAGGACCAGAGACAUCAUGGCUGUGUUCAGCAAUCCCACAAAGCAGUGGAAGAUUGACAAACUCCCUGCCAAAAAGGGCUAUCAUGCCUUAAGCUAUCUUUGACAACUAAGGUUUUCCAUAAUGCCACUCUUCAGAACGGAUUUGUUUAACUUACAAAUGCAGCAGCUAUGUUUUUCAGAAGGACGUUUUAUUGCUCAUAAGCCUCGUUUGCACUCCAGUGUCCACUUUGAUCAGUGAAUAUUAACUUUGAUAUGUAAACAAAGAUACAGUCACUUACUAAAAAACUCCCUCCUUUACUAGCCAGAACAUUCAGUUUAUUACAGUUUAAGGAAUUUAAGAUUCCGUCCAACAUGCGCUGUUUAUACUCGUUCAGUUAACUUAUUUAUUUCUGUUUAACUGUGAAUCAUUGAAGCAUUGCACAAGCCUGUUUUUUUUUUUUUUUUUGCUUUAUUUUUAUGACCUGCAAAGUAACACUGCACUCUUGGGUUAAAGGCGUCUUCUCCCCGAAUUAAACAUGCUACGCCUAAAUGUAGUGACAAGCAAUGAGAUGAUGCCUCUGUUUUAGCCUGUAGUGCUCUUAAAGGGUUUUCCCUGCAAAAGUGUUCUGAAAGCCAAAGACUUGCAAAAGUGCCUCAUAUGGCAAUGUACUUUGGACAAAAAAAAACUUCUAAUGAAACAGCAUCAAACCCAACUUAGCAAAUUGGAAUAAAUCCCAUUCAGGCUGACUUUUUACAGCACUAAAACCAGAUGCAUUGAUUCGGAGUAGGAUACAGUUCCCAUGUCUUAUAAUUAGCAAAGUCAGCCUGUGUGAAUGUGAAGACCAACUUCAGCUUGACACCAGUUAAUGGCGGCUCCAUUAAGAGCUGCAGCCUCUGGAUCGGGUGAUAAUGGUCUCUGCUGUUGCCAAUAUUAAUUUGGGAACAGCCGCGGCUCAUCUACAAAAUUGGAAAACAUCGCGGGAAGCUUGUGAUUUAAAAUUGUAGACCUUAUAUAAAUUGGAGAAAAGGUGAUGGUGAUGUAAUCUUAAGACUUGCCAUAUUGUCAAUAAAUAUUACCGCUAUAUUUCCUUUUGCUGUAUUUCCCAAACCAUCUGAGGAUAUUUUCUAACACCGAAAUUUUGUAAAUGUGUCUAGAAGUGUUUUAAAGGAAUAAUCUACCCCUCAAUUCUUUUUGGAGUAUUCUAUUUAGUUUUUUCAAAUAGUACAUAAACCACACAACCACACAUUAUACAUUACAGACGUCUCACAAUGAAAUUAACAGAUGACAAAAAUAGAUUAAGAUGUAACAAUUAAAAUAAAAUUUUAGCUACUGAGAGUAAGUAAAACAAUAGAGAUAGGUUAGCUUUAACCACAAAUAGGCGGUGGUGAAAAUAGAGAGAUGAUCAUUCAAUCAUGUGAGAUGGGAGAUUCUCCAUGUAGAUGAUAAAAAGUUGCCAUAUUUUAUAGAUAAAAAUGAUAUCUUCCUCCUUAGUGAGCAGGUUAUCUUUUCCAGAGGUAUGCACCUGUUCACUUCUGAGAGCCACAAUUCAACUGGCGAUGAGAGAUUUGACUUUCAUUUCAUUACAACGUUUUCAUUUUUGGCCAGUAGGAUUUCUAAGCCUGAUGGAAUGUACCCAAAACUUUUGAAUAUUUAUAGUUUUAUUAUUUUUGUAAAUUCUGUAGUCAUUAAAUUUCAAUGGCAUUCAAUUUUCCAUGUCGAUUUCUAUGGGGCUGCAGAUACUAAAAACAUAAUCUCUGACAGAAGAGUGGAACAUUUUGCUUUAAACAUAUUUAUUUCUCAGAAACCACAUCUACUCUACUUUUAUUUCAGACAAUAUCAGAGUGACCUUUGGAAGCGAUUGCAUUGCAGCCCACACAAACGCAAAAAUAGUGUGUAUCCCUUCAGCUCUGGCAGAUUUUCUCUUCGAGAAGCCAAUCUUGGCAGCGGAAAAGACUUAAUAUUUGGGUGGAUUUUUUUUUUCUUAACAAAACUAGACGUUUAAAAACAAUUGUGAAUUGUCUGAUCGAUCUUCAGCAGUAUACUCUUGUUUGUCAGAAUCACUUAGCUAGGCUUCAUUUGUUUCCCCGGUCUGCAAGGUCGUGGUUUCAUAACAGUUACGCUGCUGUACAGUCAUUGCUUACAGUAAUUACUUACUAUAUACUCUGCAUCAAGCCUUCUUAUUAUCAGUGUGUCUCUGAAGACGGGAGCCCUGAAUUUUCCCAGACAUUCACCUACUAUAGGCUGUGGUGUACAUAUUUGUUUGUGGCUAUUAAAGGGGUUUACUUUGGACAAACUUUCAGUGCAAAGCAGUGCCACUCUUGCUCUCAUUUGAUCUAAGCUGCAUGUCUUAAAAGCCUGCAACCAUUCAAAACUUUGCAUUUUGCCUUUGUCAGUCACAGGUCAGUUCCAGGAGGGACCUGACCAAGAAAAUGAAUGUUUAGACUGUACGAACAUGACAAAAAAAAAACAAACAAACAUCCAUAUCAGUCUUAUUUUAUGUCAAAUGACUUUUUCUUGUGAAUCUGUUGAAUGAAACUUGCCUUUGGAUGUGUUCUACUUAAACCUUUGUUAAAUAUUGUAGCUACUGCAAUUAAAUACAUGACAAUAAACAAUAUGUGACAUGUUG